UCAACACCCCGCACGCUUAAGCCACGCCCCCACCCUGUACCGUUUUCCGGUGUCGAUGUUUGGCUGCUGCAAUUUCCAUUAUUUUUAGCAUUUUUAGCGUGUUUAUUUCCCGACAGCAAACGCGACAUCGCUCAUCUUUAUAAUGUCUGUGUAGUGUGUAAUUAUCAUUCAAAAUAUUCAUGAGGGAGUUCUGGCGUUUCCUCUAAACGCGAAGUUUUGAGUGGUUUCGUCGUCUGUGUAUGUUUUGGGCUUUUGGAAACGGGUUUUGCGUGAGCAAUGUUAAACGCAACACAAACCUGCGGACUGCUGGUUUUACUCCUGAGUUUAUUCUGCGCUCAUUUCAGCUGGGGAUGGUUUCAAAACAACGCCAAGAGCAAAAGCCCAGAGAAGCAACCUGUUUACGGAGAGACUUCGGACAGCCAGGACCAAAGCUGCUUGUGUCAUUUAACAGGUGUCUUGGACGACUGUUUCUGUGACAUCGAGAGCAUUGACGUCUUCAACAACUUCAAAAUUUAUCCUCACAUUCGCAAGCUCACAGAGAGAGACUUCUUCCGAUACUACAAGGUGAAUCUCAAGCGUCCGUGUCCGUUCUGGCCUAAUGAUGACCAUUGCUCGAUCAAAGACUGUCACGUAGAGCCGUGCCCAGAGAGUAAAGUUCCUGUAGGAAUUAAAUCUGGCAACUAUAACAAGUUUUCUCAGGCGGCCAGCAGCAUCAGUGAUAUGAGAGAGUGUGAGCAGGCUCAUGAACUGGGCGCCGUGAACAGCACACUGAGUAAUCAGACUAAAGAGGCGUUUGCGGACUGGGCUCAUCAUGACGACGCUCAGGAUCACUUCUGUGGGUUAGACGAUGAAAUGUCUCCUGAUGCUGAGUAUGUGGAUCUGCUGCUGAACCCGGAGCGAUACACUGGAUAUAAAGGACCAUCGGCCUGGAGAGUGUGGAACAGCAUCUAUGAGGAAAACUGCUUCAAGCCGAGAUCAGUGUAUCGUCCUCUCAACCCUUUGGCUCCCAGUCGUGGUGAUGAUGAUGGUGAAGGAUUUUACAAUUGGCUGGAAGGGUUGUGUUUGGAGAAGCGUGUUUUCUAUCGUCUGAUCUCCGGCCUCCACAGCAGCAUCAACAUCCACCUGUGUGCAGAAUACCUGCUGGACGAGAGCUGGGGGAAGUCGGUCUGGGGUCCGAACCUGUACGAGUUCAGACAGCGCUUCGACCCGGCCGAGACGAAGGGCGAGGGAACGCGGCGGCUCAAGAACCUGUACUUCCUCUACCUGAUCGAGCUGCGGGCGCUUUCUAAAGUGACUCCGUACUUCGAGCGCUCCUUCAUCAACCUGUACACGGGAAACUCUCAGGAGGACUCCACCACCAAAGAGCUGCUGCUGCAGGUCCUCAACGAGACCAAAGCGUUCCCUAUGCACUUUGACGAGAGCUCCAUGUUUGCGAGCCAUAAAAUAGAGUCGAAGACACUCAAGGAGGAGUUCAGGCUUCAUUUCAAGAACAUCUCUCGUAUCAUGGACUGCGUCGGCUGCAGUAAAUGUCGGCUCUGGGGAACGUUACAGACUCAGGGUCUGGGAACGGCUCUCAGGAUCCUGUUCUCCGAGAAAGAGAUCAAGAACCUUCCAGAAAACAGUCCGUCCAAAGGCUUCCAGCUCACGCGGCAGGAGAUCGUGGCUCUGCUCAACGGAUUCGCCAGACUGUCCACGAGUAUAAAAGAGCUGCACAACUUCCGGACGCUGCUGAAGGAUCAGAGGUAACGGCUCCAGGCCAGCAGGUGGCAGCAGCACGAGACUCAGGGACUGCAGGACCGGAUCCAGCAGAACCCUUCCUCUACAGUCACCACAUCUCAACACUUCAGAGUCGCACAAACACGGAGAAUCCGCUUCCAGACCCACUCCUCCUUCCUCUCGCGCUCAGACUGACUGUGAUUCUCCUCCUCCUCGAUUCCUUUCUCUCAGAUUUGACUGCGGUUUAUUACGUAGCGCUGUGUUUUUUCCUUCCUUCUCUUUGGUUUGUGUGAAUGUUGUGAAUGUCUGUUCCUGCUGACAACAGUAAUUUCAUUAUUUUUAAUUUGUUAGUAAUCAGGUGACUCCCGUAAAUGAGAACACAUCCAGGUCACAUUUCACACUAAAAAUCACAAAUAAUUAUAUUGUGCGUAAACCAAAUGAAGCCUUUUUUUUCAUUACUGUAAGGACUUUAGGCUUUAUUUUCUUUGUGUAUAUAUAUAUAUAUAUAUAUAUGUAUGGAGAGGGAGGAAUUUUCUCUUUUUUUUUAUGUGAAAUAUGACCUGUAUGUAUUCUUGACUGGUUGACUUUAUUAUUUUAUUUUAUUUUAUUUUAUUUUAUUUUAUUUUAUUUUAUUUUAUUUUAUUUUAUUUUAUUUUAUUUUAUUUUAUUUUAUUUUAUUUUAUUUUAUUUUAUUUUAUUUUAUUUUAUUUUAUUUUAUUUUAUUUUAUUUUGGUGUGUGUGUCUUUUAAAGACAUUCCUCACUUACAAUGAAGACUUUCCUGUUUAUAGGACCAUAGAAAUAAAUUUUUAAGCUUGAAAGAAGGAAAUGUAGCUUAUUGUUACUCAUUUACGCAACAGAUAACAAGCAAUAAUAUUCCUCCAUUUAGUCCAGAUUCAUGUUUAACGACAGACAGAGAUUCAAUGCAGAAAAGAAACAUGCAGAGCAAAAAUAAAACUAAAAUAAUUAGUAGAUGGGUGAAAACUAUCAGAAUUUAUAUUUGAAAACUAUCCAAAAAUAUUUCAUAAAAAAAAAAAAGUCUAUAUAAUGUGGGUGAUAUUUCACUGAAAAAAAAUAAAUAAAUAAAAAAAAAAAAUAUA